GCGCCUGUUGCUGUCCUAGCGUGCCAGCUCGAGCCGUGUGCUCCCGUUGGAAAACAUCCCUCUCAUCAUUCAGAGGAACCAAAAGCACCAAAACUAUUCCGACAGAAGCUUUAUGUGGAUAAAGAAGUAAACCGCCAUUUUUUUAUUUUAUUUGAUCCUCUACAGUCAGAUUAAGUAAUUUUACCGGACAUCAGACAAUGUAGUCAUUUGACUCCAUCGCUUACUUUCAACCGACUGCAGAUAGUCACCAAAACUCACCUAUAGGUGCGCACCGGAGGGCGCAGCAGAACCUGCAAUUUUGCUGAAAUGAUGCUGAACUUUCCCCUCCGUUCAUUGUUCCCUGUGGUCGCAGUGGCUGUUCUUACAGCUGUUAAAGUUGUUGAGAGUCAGAAGGCUGCUGUGGACAUUGGGACGUCCUCCACCCCAUCUCCAGUUUAUCCCAGUGUAAACUUCCAGGUCCUCAAUGUGGACCAUGUGUUUCUGAGCCAGAACAGUCCAGAGCCGCCAAGGAACUCCAGCCAAAAGGCUCAGAGUCAGACUUUUCUCAUCACUGGUAAAGGCGCUGGGCUCCUCCAGCCAGCUGUCAACGUUUCAUACGGUCCCCUGACUGUGGAUGCCCCGAUCCCUCCAGACCUGCUCCUCAGUGGGCGCACGAUCCUGCCAGUCAUUUUAGUCCGCCAGGUUCGUUCAUCAUCCCCUGUUGUAAAGAUUCUCUUCCACAUGCCCACAGGUAGUGACAUCACUGUUGGUCAAGAAAGGAUGGGGUCUGAAGAGGAUAAUGGUAGUAAAAGCGCUGGAGCCAAGGCAAAGGAUGGAGCUUACUGUGUGACGGCUUAUGCCUUCUGGGAGACGAAAGAAGUUCGUGGGGCAUGCCUGGUGUCUCCAGGUAGAUUCUGUGUGGCUCAGCUGAAGCCAGAGCCUGUCUGGUUCAGUUCAGGCAGCCGAUCGGGCAGUUCUAGCAGGGAAGCAGGAAGAACCGAAGGAGUUAAGGGGCUUCCGGGGAACCUUGUGGAGGUCUACUUCCAGAGUCGGAGGGAUCAGACAGGCCAGUGUACACCACAGGAUAGCCUGCAACGUGUCGGAGUGGGAAGAGGAAGGGACUCUGGGGGAUCGGGGACACCGAUGAAGCGAAUAGGAAGUGUCAAUCUGCUCAGAACUCCACCAGGGAACCCCACCUUUUUUCGACUGAGGCUGGGAGGCGCUGUAGUGAUCCAGACCUCUUCCAAGCCCCUGAAGGCCACAGACGUCGCUACUUUCUAUGUCUUCCUGGCUAGCACAUCUACCCUGGAAAAUUUCAUUCUCAGGGCAGCAGUCAAAUCGGGUCUGUCAUUCAGUGCGGUGCGGCCCAGUGACUCAGCGCUGUGGGAGAUCGUAGUGGAGCCCGGCAGAGGAGCGACUCCCAACACUGUCUCCGUUUUCUGCCAGAGGAAGGUUGCCGUCACUGCAAAGAGGGGUCUACUGGAAGUUUUGCAACUGGACUUUGUGCCAAAAGAUGUUUCGGAGCAGGCUGAGAGUCAGACGAUCUCCUGGCGUCUGGAAUUGCCAGGGAACGUCAAGGACGUGGGCAUAAUGCGGAUCUACACUACUCAGAAAGACUAUGUUGGGCUGGCACCUCUGGUCAUGAACACUGAUAUCUUGAACACUGCAGUGCUGAUGGGUGUCACGGUGUCGGUACCUGUGAAAACUCUGGCAGUGGAGACCGAUGGCUCAGUCACUGAUGUGACCAACUACACCAGCUGUAGGUCUACAGAGGAGGAUUUACUCAAGGUGUCAGAGCGAUGUGAUUAUGUGUAUGUAAAUGGGAAGGAGACAAGAGGGAAGAGCAGGGUGAUGCUCAACUUUACUUACGGUUUCCUGAGUGCCCAGCUGGAGAUGAGUGUUUGGUUUCCCCGCCUGCCCUUGCUCAUCGACGUGGCUGACCCCGAGCUCAGCCAGAUCAAAGGCUGGAGAGUUCCUGUUACUACAGGCAACAGGAGAUCGACAUGGGACAGUGAGGAAGAGGAGGACAUGAGGAAGGGCAGAGGUUGCAUGCUGCAGUACCAGCACUCUGCACUCAGGGUGCUAACACCAUUCAUAGCCCAAGCUGACGAUGAGGUGCCACCUGACCCACUAACUGGGGCAGAGCCUGUGGAGUACUUCCAAGGUCCUGACUGGCAGGUGGAUGUGACCAAUCUUGUACGCUAUUUUCUAAAAGUGGCAGAUCCUGAUGUAGCCAGGGUGCAGGAUGGGGUGGUGCUGCAGGGACGGGCUGUUGGUACUACUACUGUACAGGUGCUGUCCCCUCUGACAUCAUCAGUCCUGGCUGAGAGGAGCAUCAGGGUGGUGGAUGAUAAAGUGAGUGUGACAGAGCUGGGGGUGCAGUUGGUUUCUGGACUCUCCCUGUCCCUGCAGCUCAGCCCAGGGAGCAGCAGGGCCAUCGUUGCCACGGCAACCAGGCGGGAGAUGAUCACGCAGCUCAAACAGGAAGCAGUGGUCAGCUGCUGGGUUAAAUUCAGCGAUGGCGCAGUCGCUCCACUGGGCUUGUUUGACCGCAGUAUCUACUCUCUGACCGUCUCUACCCCAGAUGAGGGCGUGGCCAGUUUACGUCGCACCCCGCAGGCCACAUUCUUAGUAGCACAAGGUGAAGGUGAAAGCCAAGAGGCGGUAGUGAAAGUGGAGCUGAGGAUUUGCGAAGAAUGCCAGAAGUCCAAGAGGAAGAGUAAGUUAGCUGUGGGCACGGGGCUCCUCAGGAUCAACAUCCAGAGUAGGGGCAGAGCCGUCGCAGGAAGAGGUGGUGGUGGUGGUGGUGGUGAUGAUAAGGUUGGCACUGACAGAAAUAAAGAUUUUGAUGGUGAUGCAUUAGAAUUGGUAGGUGAGCUUAAAACGACACGGCGCGCUAUCCCAGAUGUAGAUAACUGGUUGUUUAGAAGCACAGUACCUGACCAGCGAAAGUCCACCCCGGCAGAAACUACCACUUCAAGCACAUUUUCAAUGAGAUCUAUGCAGCCACGUGUCGUGAGGAUUAGAACCACAACCAGAGCUACAAGAGGAACAACAUCUACUGUCAUUCCCAUGACUGCCACUACAACUGUGAGCACACCGAGCUUAAAUACACCGCUGAGCACUGCCAGACCCAUAGAUACAACAUUGGGUUUAGUUAGUAAAGAAGAAGGGCAGAAGAGAAGCUAUGGCAAUAUGAUUGACAACCCCAAUUCACCCCCUGACAAAGAUACCCCGAAAGCAGAAGUGACACCCAAGAAGGAGCCUCCUCAAUCUCAAACUCCAAAAGUAAUUGAGAGCGACCUCAUUAGGACAUUCAGAGCCAUGUCGGACAUUGAAAUCGGCAUGUAUGCCUUGGUGGGGCUCUCCUGUGUAGCUAUCUUGGCUUUUUUGCUCCACUGUGCUUCGUAUAACCUCUGUUUCCGUAAUCACAAGACCCCCAUACAAACAGGCCCGGCACUCAUGGGGGACCCAAAGGAUCACAAGCACGACUGGGUGUGGCUGGGGAGCAGCAAUGAUAGCAAUCCCGUCCCAGGUAUGCCGGUUGAAGUGUCUACGCUAAAACGCGAUGCUCACCGCUCCAUAGAGUCCCGUCACUCCGUAGACUCCCUUGGCCACUGCGGCCUUGAGGUCACCCUGCCCACCGUGAGCGCCCCUGCUGUCCCUGAAAGAACUGCCACCCUAGGCCGCAGCAGGAACGUCUCCCAGCAGCAGCAGUUUCAGGGAAAGGCAAUCGACCCCAUGGCGAACCGUUCGGCCACUUUGCUGGCCAGGCCACAUCGCAGCGAACCGUUGCAUUCCCCCACUAGUAAGCGAAACCAGGUCCAGUUCACCACCUUCACCACGCUGGACAUUAAGCACUUGGCUGCACUGAAGAAGAAUGGUGUGGACUUAAACUGGGCUAACCAGCAGGCCCAGCAGCAACACCAGGCACCUGUCGAGCCCCAGACACCUUUACCUGACAUGCCGUGGCCUGUGGUCAAACCUCUAGGAGAGUCCCAGUGAGUUGGUUGGACUGUCUCUAUGUGUGUGUGUAUGAGUAUGAGUGAGUAAGAGAGAGAGAGAGAGAAAAUAUAAAGUGUACAUACACAGCAAGUUCUGAUGCAGAAUGUCUAAAAGACAAGAAGCUGGCUUUUGUUUUUGUUUUGAUAAAAGAUAAAUCACUUUAGAGGAUGUAUUUAUUGAGAUUAGAUAAAGGACAUUUUAUAUGAAACGAUCUGCUCAGUGAAAGCUUGUAAAUACGUUAUGUAAUGGUGUACCCAUGAAGAGCAACAUAAAAUAUACUGUGUUAAAAAAAAAGUAAGAGUCAAAGCAGGAUUUUAUCCUCAAAAUGCGAGAUUCUUGUAUUUGAAAAAGAUGUGCUCUGCAGAUCUGAUGUUGUAAAUAUAAAUAUAUCUAUACUAUUACUUAUUUCUACAUUUCUAACUCAAUACAAAAGCAUUUUCAUCUUGUACAAUGCUGUUGCCCCUGUAGAAACGGCUCCAGAUAUUGCUACUUGUCGGGGUAAAUACAAUACGAGAGGGAUUAUUUCUUGUAAGUAAUUCUGUUCUUUUCCAGCCUUUUGUUCUUUUUCUCUCGGAUUCCUCUGGGGAAUACCUGAAGAGUUUGUGCAAUUUGUCAGAGAAUAUUCAACAUUUAUCAAGUUAUUUUGAGCAAUCUGUCACUGCAGUCUUCACCGGAUAUUUAUUUAAAUCAAAUGCAUGCUAUGCAAAUAUAGUCUAGAGUUUAAAGUGGACAUUGUUUCUGAAUUUUCUUAACCUUGGGCUUAAGGCUUCUCCUGGGGCUUGCUUCUACAAUUUGUAAAAAUGUCUAAUGUUUGUCUCUUGACACAGACCAAUACAUAUGCAACUGGAAGAUGUUUCAUGUGUGAAUGACAAAUGAUGAUGCCUUUUCUAUGUAACGUCCUCUUAUUCUUUAACCAAAAUGUGAUGUGUGUUUCCUAUGAGAUCCUAUCAAUAAAGAACAAAUGGUUAU